GAUUUCCUCAUUGUGUUCGCUUCGCAUGAGCUCCGCAACAGAGCGUUGGCAGUCCCAUCGGUGGAGCAUCGGGGCUUCAUGCUUUUCAUCAAGCCAUGGCUGCGGCAGGCGCAUGCCAAGUCCAGGCUUAUGCGGGUGCAGGUGGACCUGAUGAUUGAGGGUGUUUCCUCCCAUGCUUGGGCCAGAUCAACGGCAGAGGAGUUGCUGGGCAGUUCUUGCCUAAUCGAGAGCCUGGCGCCGGAGACUGAAAGCAGAGAUGAUCUCUCUCUGUUCAAGCUGCGUGCUUGGUGCGUCGACCCGGAGGUGAUUCCCGCGUGUCAUAGGUUGUGGGUGCCGGAGCCACCGAUGUUGGGAGGCAACCAGGAGGGGUGCUGCCCGUCUCUUCGGCAGCUGCUAGAGUACCCGAUUCUGAUUCACAUCGGUAGGCUGCGUGACUUCUCGCCGCCGGAGCUCUGGCGUCGCUCGCCUAGCUCGGACAGUGGCAGUGGACAGAGCGGCUUGCCGGACAGCUCCCCGGCGUCCCAGGGUGGAGAAUGGUUGGUGCUGAACUGGACGCGCGGCGUUUGUGACUACCGGGGUUCUGGCCGGAAUUCCCCCGGUCAGGGCGGCGGCGGCGGAGUGGGCAGAACCUAUCGACAGGCUCUAGAAGGACGGGUGGGGCCCUCCAACUGGCGUAUCCCUCCAAUGAGUAGGCCGGGUCCGGCGGUGGUGGUUGUUGCCAGUGGGGUCCACGAGGUCCACAGAGAGUCAGCGCCCACCGAAGGGGUCGCGGAGUUUUCGAAUUUGCAUCCGGUGGCUGGGUUGGCGACAGCUGGAAUGCAGGGUGUGCAGAACCAAUCUGGUGGCGUGGCUGAUACGGUCACAGUUCCAGAUAAAGUGGUCGUGGCUGAUACGGUCGUGGGUUGCAUCGAGACUGCCCUGGGUCCCGAGACGGCCCGACCAACCGGCCUUUCGAAGGAUCAGGUUGGACAGAAUCCCGAGGAGAAUUUGACCGCGAGCAUUUCUGUUCCUGACGCUGUGCCCAUAGCUGCCCCACGGGACGCAGCUGUGGUUGGACAGCCCUUGGAGUUGUUGCCGUGGGGUGGCUCUGAUCCCCUGCGGCUGGUGGAUCCUGUGCACUCGAGUCCGCUGCUGGGUGUGGCAGCUACGCCGGCACAGUCGAUCCGGCUGGCUGUAGCUGAUCCGCUGUCGCGGUCUGCUGGCUGGGACCCGGUGGCUGAGAUGCUGGCCAAUACAGUAAUGCAGAAAUGGAGACUGGCUCGGUGGUGGCACCUGCACCAGCCUCGGUUGCGGUGCCAUUGGACCCCCCGCAAGUUGCAUGCGAGCCGGCUGAGAUGACUACGUUGCAUGCCCAUGCAUGCAUUGCCCCCACGUCCCUGGAUGCUAACACCGGAGUUGUUGGAUCGGAACUGAUUCAAGCAUCGGAGGCAGCUGCUCUUUCGUCCAAAGAGCAAGCAGCUCUCACCAAUAUCAAAUCGUUCUGCUCAGGUCUCCUCAAGAAGCUGGCUCCACCACUACUACGUGAGAUUGAGGUGGUGAAUGGAUUUCGCCCUGGCCAAGACCCAUUCACCCCGCGGAGGAAUACACGCUCUACAAGCUCUUCAAGUACCAAACGAUCGAAAGCCUCGACCGCGGAGACGGUGUUUCUCAAAGCGCUGGGGAUUGCACCGGAUGAUUUGGAGAUAUCGGAGGAUUCCCUCACUACUAGGAAAAGGGC